AUGGAGUCGCCCAGUUCGCACAUGUCUCGCUGGAAGGCCUUUUUGUCACGCUACUCCGUCAAUCACGACAACUUAGUCACGGUCAAUCGACUCAUUAAAAAUCUGCAACAUACCAUUGAUCGAUCUAGACUGCCUGGAGAUCACCACUCAUUUGAUACACUUCAUAAACUCAUUUUCGAUCUUCGUGGAGAAUUGGAAAUGGCAGUGGUUUCAGGUCAGAUGGAGGAUUUUACGAUGAGGGCGAUAAAUUACUUCAAAAAUCGACACUAUUGCGACUCAGCCAACAUCCAGGGCAGGAAUCACACCUUGCCUGCUCAUCUUUUCGUUCCUCAGUGGGAUCCAGUCACAAAUCAAUGCAGAGCAAAUCCUCGGUUUCCUAACAAAAAAUUUGUCUCACCUGAAAGUUUCGACCGCUUAAAGCAAGGAGAAAAGGAAAAGCAAGACCAAUCUCAAUCUCCCCCUCUUGCAAAUUCCCCAUCUCAACCUCAACCUCAACCUCAACCUCAGCCUCUUGCGAGGUCCAAUGCGGCAAAAGCUGUUUUACUUGGAGGUAUCAUCAAGGAUGCAGCGAACGUAUUCCCACAGGAGAUAUUUGACCAAGUCAUGUCUGGUGCAUCUCUGCCAAAUGCAAUUUAUCAGCUCUGGGCACAAAAUUUACUUCCCGACAACAUUUCGUGGGGCAUUGCUGAGUUCCGACGAGGCAUAACUACUAUCAAGGUCAUCGUCUUGAGCCAAGAGGCAUUGUUGAGUGGUGAUGCUGACAUGGCAUGGCAUGAUAUCAGAUCUCAGAUCGAAUCCAUCCCCGAAUCAGCAUCAUAUCACAGUUUGGUUUUAUGGCACUCGCCGUUAAUCGACGUUUCAGUUUUGGUCGAGUUCGCAAAGCACUUUUACAAAGCCGAACAAAUACAUGUCGCUGGCUGCAAGAAUUUCUGCUGGCGCACCUUUGUCAUGGAAGCUCUCCCAGUUUACGAAAGUCUUGGCCACAUCCCCCAAUUUCACGCCACAUCAUUUCUCGAUUUGGUGAAGAAGCUUGAAGCAGAUCUCGAUAACAAUUCCAAUGCUUUGACACUUACCGUCCUGUACAAGCGACUCCCCCUCAUGGUCAUGGCCAAUAUGUUAUCCGAAGCCAGAAUCAAAGAACGUCUUCGGGUUAGAGCAUACUUGACAGACGCCGGAGUAGGCCAUUACGAGGAUGUCGAAGGAAAUGUUCUCAACACUAUGCGUCUUCCGUUGGAAUUGCUCCGCCUAUCCACGAAAUUCAACGAUCAUCUGACGCAGUUCGAUAAUGAACCUCAAGAAGAUAAAUACUGUCAAAAACUCAAUCGCCCAGAUUCAAAUAACGGUCGUUAUCAACUGGCUUUUGAGAGUUUUGUUCGUCAGUUGACAGGUUUAAAACCCACGACUACUGGCGAUUCAAUCCGAUGUCUCGCAUGUGCUGAGUAUCUUCCUGGUUUCUGUUUCAAUAGUAACGAUACCAAGAAAUCUGGCAAAGAUGAUACUCAGCCUACUUGCUGGUGGUGUCGUAGCAAAGAUACCUUGUCGUCUGCUACCAAUCUUAGGGUACAAAAUUAUGUCCCCACGAGAGCUGAGAAGACACCAAUGUCCCGGAUUAAGAAUGUUAAGAAGGUUAACACUGACGAUGAAGACAUUGCGUGGACACUUGUCGGUUACUCUCCGAAUAAACCCGUACAUUACAAUCAGUCAUUGCGGUAUUCAGUUCAACUUCCUCGCAAGCAACCUAUUGAAGUGGUAAACCAUUCCAGUUUCGGUACAGCAACGCUUCCUUCAUCUCAUCUGCCACGUCAAGCUCGGAAAUUACAAUGGCGAAAGAACAAAAGGAGUUUUUCGAUCAUUGGUCUCUCGGAGAUUCACUACUAG